CCCCGGUGGAAACGAGAGUAUAAAAAGCAGGAUCCGUGAGUGGCGCGGAUCUGUACCUCGUGCGCUGUGUGGGCCUCAAGUGACCGUGGCUACUUGGCUGUGUGUGAGGCAGACCUGAUUGCCCUGUGUGUAGAGUGAGCACACCGUCAUGUGGUGGAACAUCUCUCUGCUUAUCGCCGCUCUCUCCCUGCUGGCCGGGGGUCGGGCCCAAGACCUGAGUCGGAACCCCGCCGAGAGAAUCCCCCUCAAAGGUAAAUGGUGCUACAAGGAGAACUGCUUCCGGGUUCUUCGCCCGUUCCCGAUGUCGCCCAAGCUGGUCAAGAACUGUCAGGCCUGUCCCCUGCAGACUUCCACGUGAUCGGCCACAGCCUGGGCUCCCACAUCGCCGGCUAUGCCGGAAGUCAGGUCAGCGGACUGGGGCGUAUUUCCGGACUGGACCCUGCCGGACCUCUGUUCUCCGACACGCCCCCAGACCUGCGCCUGGACGAGACGGACGCCAUGUUUGUUGACGUCAUCCACACAGAUGCGCCCCGGGCGGGCAGCGAUCCUCGCCAGGAUUUUGGUCUGGGACUGCUGCAGAGAGUCGGCCAUGUUGAUUUCUACCCCAACCUGGGGCGCAACCAGCCAGGCUGUGACGAAAGCAUCGUGGCUCAGGUGAAGAAACGGGGCUUUCUGCAAGGUGGCUCGGAAUUCGUGGCCUGCGACCACUUGCGCUCCUACCGUCUGUUCACGGACAGCAUCAACUCGGCCUGCCCCUUCCUGGCCCUGCCCUGUGCCAGCGAGCAAGACUACCAGUCUGGCAAGUGUAGCAGCUGUGUGGGCGAGGGAUGCCGGAGAAUGGGGUUCCACGCAGACAGCGCACCCGCCCCGCGAACGCCCACCAAGUACUUCCUCUGGACCUCGGAGGCCGUGCCCUAUUGUCCCCCAACGAGCUGCUUGGUGGGUCGACGUACGAGUUCAGCACUCAACAUCCCGAGAAGGUAGGGCGGCUGGAGGGUGUGACGUUCCUUUGGGUGCGCAAGCCUCGUCUGCAGGACAUAUUGGGACCCAAGGAGCUGAGGCUGGGCCGGGUGUCGGUGACCCAGCUGGAGACAGAGAGUCGGACAGAGAUGUGUGCUCACGGGGAACCUGUGUUGCCUGGCAAACCUCUCAUCAUGACGUCACGCGACUACCCUUGUUGAUAUACGGGACCCCCUGCCACCCCCGACCCCCAACCCCCAACCCCCCACGUUUUUAUGCGUCUAAAUGUGAACUUGUCGAGUUUUGUACCACAACUUUCGGUACAGUUUUUGUUGAAAGACAAUCUAUUAUUGUACUUUUGGACAAUUUUUUUAAAGACAGAAAUUGUACAUUUGCGCGAAUUGUCUGUGGCAGCAAUUGCACUUUUACGCAAAUUGUCGGUACUAAAAGUGGAAACUUUC